AUGAAUCGACAGCGAGCGGCCGAAAAGGCCUUGCAUGACCAAACCAAUAUUCUUCCCUUUGGGCAACUCAUGGUCGUCUUUUCCGGCCUGGCCAUCUCGUUGUUGAUCACCUUUGUGGACCAAAACGGGAUCAGCGUCACGCUGCCAACAAUUGCGCGCGAGCUUGGAGCCAAAAACACCAUAUCCUGGGCCGGGACCUCGUCGCUGAUCGCCAACACCAUGUUCACCGUGCUGUACGGCCGGUUGUCCGACAUCUUCGGCCGGAAGAUUGUCUACCUGUCAGCCUUAGUUCUGUUGUGCAUUGCCGACCUUCUCUGCGGUCUAUCCCAGAACCCGGCUAUGUUCUAUGUUUUCCGAGGUCUGGCCGGUGUCGCGGGAGGCGGCGUCACGUCGCUGACUAUGAUCAUUGUGUCGGACGUCGUGACCCUGGAAAAGCGUGGCAAGUACCAGGGCGUGCUGGGUGCCUCGCUCGGCUUGGGGAAUAUCAUGGGCCCGUUCGUUGCGUCGGCCUGGAUUAUGCGGUCGACCUGGCGUGGCUUCUUUUGGCUGAUUUCCCCGCUGGCGGCGUGUUCUGCGGUUGUUGGGCAUUUCCUCAUCCCGAACAAUGCCCGCAAGGAUGGCUUUCGCAAGAACAUCAGCCGUAUUGACUGGUAUGGUCUCUUUGCCUCGUCCGUGGGGAUUAUUUUUUUGUUGAUCCCCAUUUCCGGGGGCGGCUCAUACUUCCCGUGGGAGUCGCCGAUGGUGAUCAGCAUGCUGGUUAUUGGCGGCUGCGCUUUUAUUGCAUUUUUCUUUAUUGAGUGGAAAGUGGCGUCGCUGCCGAUGCUACCAGUGGUUUUCUUCAAGAACCGAGUCAUCUCGACCCUUUUCCUACAAAGCUUUUUGCUAGGGGCAGUGUACCAGUCGUACCUCUACUACCUGCCUCUGUACUACCAGAAUGCUCGUGGCUGGUCACCUAUUGUGUCCGCGGCUUUGACUGCCCCCAUGGUGGCAUGCCAGUCGCUUGCAUCCAUUGCCUCUGGGCAGUAUAUCUCUCGGCGCAAACGCUACGGCGAAAUCAUCUGGGCAGGGUUUGGUUUCUGGACCUUAGGCGCCGGCCUAAUGCUUCUAUUCGACCGCCACACACAUCCAGCGGUUAUUGCAGUCAUAGUAGCCGUCUCCGGCGUGGGAAUUGGCUUCACGUUCCAACCAACGCUCGUCGCACUGCAGGCGCAUUGCACGAAAUCGCAGCGCGCCGUGGUCAUCUCCAACCGAAACUUCUUCCGCUGCAUGGGCGGAGCCUGUGGCCUGGCUAUCUCGGCCGCCGUCUUGCAAGCGACGCUGCGCUCCAAUCUUCCUGCAAAUUUCACCUACCUCACGCAUUCGUCCUACUCUCUGCCUUCGCGGUCAAAUCUUUCUGACACAGAGUGGGCUCAGAUUCUAUUAUCGUACACCAAGGCCUCGCACGCGGUUUUCAUUCUGCAGGUCCCUCUUAUUGGGGCCUGUUUCCUUGCGUGUGUCUUCGUCCGCGAUCGCGGUCUCGAACGGCCGAAGGAGCCCGAGGAAGUAGAGGAAGAAAAGAGAAGAGCCGUUGAAGCUGAACGGGAUGCUGAGGCGGGUACUACUGAGCCGUGUCCCGAAGAAUCGGAGAAUCAAGUCCAGCAUCAAGUAGAGAAACGCCCUUCUCAGUCGACGCUUGCCGAGUCGUCGAUGCCACCGUCUCGUGCUGACCCGGACAAGUCCCGUAUCGCGGGAUCACAAUCCUCGGAAGCGCGGGAGGACGGCGUGCACUCGUUGCAAAACACGAAAGCAGAAAGUUUGUCACAGUGCGAUAAUGAGUAUCCGACCUGCUCCAACUGCAAGAAGGCAGGCGUCAGCUGUGACAAGUCCAGCGUGCGCGAGGACAAUUACCGACAUGAUGAAUACACUCGUGCUCUCGAAGAACGAGUUGCGUUCCUAGAACGCAGACUGGGCCAAUCUGGGGCCUCUACAGAUGAAACUGGGCCCAGUACAACCACCGCAGCUUCAUUUGGGUCUCCUUCAAUGAAACGGGCCACACCGCAAAUUGCUACCUCAGGGCUCGACAAUAACCCCGUUGGCGAGAUCGUGGGUCUCCUUGCCUUGAGUUCCUCCGAGGCGCCGGCCUACGUGGGCCCGAGCUCGGGUCUUUCGCUGGCCGCCAACUUAGGAGAGAUGGUGCAGACCAGUGUAUGGAAUCAGUUCACUACUCGAAUGCAACUCCAGUCUACCACUAGAGGUACUGCCACUCCCCAGACUCUUUCAGGGGCUGGCUCCGGCGCGUCACAACCUGGCAGUAAUGCGCGCAUGCGGGAUCGGUCCAUGCGAGUUGAAGAGCUCCUACCUGCCAACGUGGAGCCGCCAACGGACGAGAUGGGAUCUAAAAUCAUUGAGACGUAUUUCAAAAGGCUUCACUCUCGGUAUCCGUUCCUAGAUCGCAGCCAAGUAUGGCAGCUGCACCAGGAACGUUGGCGCUUAGCAAAGGCCAAGCGCGAAGAGCUGUCGCGGUCUGACCGGUUCGCUAUUUUCAAGUUGAAUUUGGUGUAUGCCAUCGGCGCGACGAUGCUUCAGUUGGAUGAUAAAUAUGCAUACACCGCGCCCGAGCGGUUCUACACCACUGCACUCCAGUAUGUGUCCACGAUGUGUGAAGCAAGGUCUAUUGAAAACAUCGAGGCCAUGGUGCUUCUUGUCAUUUAUAAUAUCCGCACCGCGACCAGCCAUGGGAUGUGGUAUAUGAUCGGACUUGCUAUGCGUACAGCCAUCGACCUGGGACUUCAUCGCAAGGCGAAUGAGAUUGGUAUGGAUCCAUUUACAGCGCAGAUCAGACGCCGGCUAUUCUGGACGGUCUAUUACCUCGAGCGAAUAGUGUCGAUGUCUCUUGGUCGGCCAUUCAGCAUCUCCGACCGCCAUAUCGACCUCGAUCUGCCCCAAGAUGUGGACGACGACGUGCAUGACCCAGCGCUGUUGACAGCUCCCCAAGAUCCCAACCGUACAACAUUGUUGACAUUUGCCAUUUAUUUGUUUAAGCUCCGCCGACUCGACUCCCGCAUCCAACACAAGAUCUACCGCGCCGAUCGACCCCUAUCCUCUCUCCUCCCCAAAAUGGACCCGCUCUACAUGCAACUGGAGGAAUGGAAAGAGUCCGCUAUGCUGCGAUUCAGCGGCCUCGAACUCGACUACCCGAUGCUGCAUUACAACCGGGCCGUACGGCUCCUAAUCCAGCCCUUCCUGCCACUGCUCCCCAUCACCGACCCCUAUUAUCACAUCUGUCUGCGUGCAGCUGGGGAGAUCUGUCAGUCUCACAAACGACUCCAUCAGACCCUCGAGUACGGGCAUUCCUUCCUGGCAGUGCAAACCGUAUUCAUGGCGGGAAUCACAUUGUUGUACGCACUUUGGACACACACAGAUCAAGUAUGGUCCGUCCGCAUGAGCAACGACAUCCGCGCCUGCUCGACAGUCCUCUUUGUCAUGGGCGAGCGCGCCGCCUGGGUUAAGAAGUACCGUGACACCUUCGAGCUGCUGGUCAACGCCGCCAUGGAGAAACUACAGGGCAACGAGACCGCCCGUACGGCCGGCAUGGCCGAGCUGAUGACUGCCCAGCACAACACUGCACAUCUGACUACUCCCUCCACCGCUGCCAUGUCGGGUCUCUCAAAUGCUGCAGCCAGGUUUCCGUCGGUUAAUGCCCCUGGUCUAGACCCUGAUCCUGCGGGAGCGGCGACGCAGCCUUAUGCCCCCGAGGACACGGAUCAUGCUGUACGCAUGGCGCUGCAGCUGGCGCCGUGGAUCGAUCAGGAUGAAAGUGAUCCGUUGUGGAUGCCUGAUUUUGAGACGCUGGAGAAUCUGUCGGGGACACUUUGGAGCCAUGCUGACACGACGCUGUUUGAUGCGUUGUAG